UAUGAUGCAUGCACAGAUAAUGAUCAUUGUUGAAAGAUAAUCGCCACUGAACGUUUACUAGGAACAAGGCAAUGAACAAAGAGCUUUGGAAGCAUUUUUCUCAAUACUAUUCUAGUAUAGCUAAAGGGUAAAUUAAUUAAAAUGCCUGAAGUGGAAAUAAAGAAUGACUCCACAAAGUUAAGCACCAUCGGAUUAACUUAUCUUUUAUGCCAUGUGAAAACAGAAGCCAGGUCUGGAUGUUGGGAAUGAGACCAAUAUUAGGAAUAGAGAAAUUACCACACAGGGAUGGCCAUAGAAUCUACUUAGUAUUAGACAACCACUCCUGUUGAUUGGAAAGAAUGCCGAUAAAAAAAGUCAGCAUUUAAGAGUGGGCAGGGCAGAAGAAGGACAAGAAACUUAAUGGCAAAAAAUAGAAAAGAGGAAAUUCAGGAAGGUAUGGUGUGGGAUAAGCCAAAAGAAGAGGGUGUUUUAUUAAAACAAGUCAGGUACCACUAAGGGUUUGUGAAGAAGAGAGGACUCCCAAAGUGCACUUGGAGGCCCUCAAGUAGAGCCCUUGAAGUAAUGGAUGAGGCCCAAGCAAGACUGCAAUGGAGUGAGUGAUGGAUUGGAACUGAGACCAAAAUAUAAAGGAAUCUUACAUUGCUUGACUACCAUCUGGAAGCUUGAUGGACUACGGGGACUUUAUCAAGGAGUAACCCCCAAUGUGUGGGGUGCAGGUUUAUCCUGGGGACUCUACUUUUUCUUUUACAAUGCCAUCAAAUCAUAUAAGACAGAAGGAAGAGCUGAACAGUUAGAGGCGACAGAAUACCUCAUCUCAGCUGCUGAAGCCGGAGCCAUGACACUUUGCAUUACAAAUCCAUUAUGGGUAACAAAAACUCGCCUCAUGUUACAGUAUGAUAGUGUUGUGAAUUCCUCACAGCGACAAUAUAAAGGAAUGUUUGAUGCACUUGUGAAAAUAUAUAAGUAUGAAGGUGUUCGUGGAUUGUAUAAGGGCUUUGUUCCUGGGCUGUUUGGAACAUCGCAUGGAGCACUUCAGUUUAUGGCAUAUGAACUACUGAAGCUGAAAUACAAUCAACACAUCAACAGAUUACCAGAAGCCCAACUGAGCACAGUAGAAUACAUAUCUGUUGCAGCACUAUCUAAAAUAUUUGCUGUAGCAGCCACGUACCCAUAUCAAGUUGUGAGAGCUCGUCUUCAGGAUCAGCACAUGUUUUACAGUGGUGUAAUUGAUGUGAUUGCAAGGACGUGGAGGAAAGAAGGCAUCGGUGGAUUUUACAAAGGAAUUGCUCCCAAUUUGAUUAGAGUGACACCAGCCUGCUGUAUUACCUUUGUAGUAUAUGAAAAUGUCUCACAUUUUUUACUUGACCUUAGAGAAAAGAGAAAGUAAGCUGAAAGAAGAUAAUUCCAAUUUAUCUGCUCAAGACAGCAACAAGCUAUUUUGUGUUUUAAAUGUAAAAUUCAAAAGAAUGUUGCAUAGCAACAUGGCUCGUAAUCAAAAUCGGUCUAUAACCAUUAGAAGUUGAAGAACUAAGUCGUCAUAGUGUUUUUCUGCUUUUUUGCAUUCCCCAUAUGUAUGGGACUUGGCUACCUCUGCCUGAAAUGGCUGCCAUCAACACAAAGUUAAAACUGACACCAAGUGUAGAAUUUCACAAAUUUCUUCAUUUCAUUGUUCAGAUAGAAGCCGAUUUGAACAUUUGACAAAUGGACUAGAAAAAUGUGCUGCCUUUUCUGAAUUUAUUUGCCUAGGUUGGCUUUAAAAUUGACCUCUGUGCAAUAGCAAGAAAAUGACAUCUUAAAAGAAUGUCAUUAUAUGUUUCAAGGAUAAAUUUAAGGAUUUACUGGAUAAGUUGUUGUCCAAAUCUAGACCUUUGAGAACUGGGAAAUGGUAGUGUGAACAAAAUUCUUCGCAACUGUGCUUCCAUUUUAAUUCAAUCGGAACGUGCUAACUAGAGACAUUUGAGAAGUUAUGUACUUCUCUGUGAAAUAUCUGACAUCUGCUGUCAUUCCAUAGCCAUUUUUUCCCCCAGAGACUCAUAUUCUAUAAUUUAAAAUAUAAUCCUGGAUCCAGUUAUCUUCCUGCAUAGGUGUUUAGUAUUUUUAAACUUAUGAAAUUUGUACUUUCACUAUCCAGUUGCAUCAGCCUUUAUUAACAUAUGUGACUAAAUAACUUACUGCUGAUGCUAAACAGAUCACCUUUUACAGAUGCUACAAUGCUUGAGAUCUGUUUAUUGACAAGCUGAAUGGAAAUCAGAAACUAACUUUCCACUUUCAUUUUUGGAUACACAGAUCCAGGAUCCCAAAUAAAUGAUUAAUCUACAUUAGUUGUUUAAAGUCAGGUUGAAUUCCACAUUAUAUUAAUGACCAUUAUUGAUUUUAUUUGAUAAGUCAUUAUAGAUACCUAUAAAUAUAAAGACCUGACCCCAAAGAAUGCCAGUAUAAUGCUAAUUUUAUUUAUCAUAAACAUCUAUGAGUGCUGUUGCACUACCAUCUACUUGUUGUAAAUAAAAUAUUUUGGUUUUCAAAGCCAUAUUUAAAUGGUUCUUUGAAAAUAGGUUUAUUUUUUAUAUUUUGGAAAUGACAUUGUUUUUAAAAUAAAAGUAAAAUAAUAAGUACCUAUUUGUAUUUGCUAUAUCUUAUCCAAUUAAUAAGGAUGUUUUAUAAAUUAAAUGUGAUAUGCUUUUUCAUGCUCUUGGGUUAUGCUAUAAUUCAUAUGCCAUCUUGAUGUUUGUUCGCACAUGCAGAGAGGAGCUGCAAUUGACAUUUGAAGUUUUAGAGGCAGUGCCGUUAUUUGAAUACCUCCUAUUACCCACAAAUUAAUAAAACCGUUCUUGCCCUCUGA